AGAUGGCUAAGGUGACUAGGAAACUACCAGUGGCUACUGCAAAUAAGGAACAACAGACCUCAUGUUCCAGAAGGAAGAAGAAGGUUUCCUUUGGACCUGGGUGCAGGGGUGGCAAAAAGACGAUUAAGAAAACCAAGAAACUGAAUAAACCCCUUCGCAGAAGCCCUAGAAAGAAGGUCUCUGAAAGGAUGAGCCAAACUGGAAAAAAGCUGAAGAAAGCUAAAGGACAACCCCUCUUUGGUCACUACCAUAGACUGAAGGAGAAAUUGGACUACGAAGACAUCAUCCAGGGCUCAGACAAUCUAGAUAUGCCCACCACCUCAAGUGACCUCCUGAGUAUUUAGUUACUUUGGGGAGAUGCAGAGACCUCACUAUUAGCUCUUGAGUCUCUCAAAGUCUCUGGCUAGAAAAUAGCCAACCGCAAAUAUGUCAAAUUUUACAGCAGGCUACAUUUGGCAAUUAAAAUAAAACCAGCCUGUUGUGAACGAAA